GGGGCCGACCGAGUGCCGGCUUCCGGCGGAAACGGGCGCGAGCAAGAUGGCCACUACCAAGCGUGUGCUGUACGUGGGUGGGCUGGCAGAAGAGGUGGACGACAAGGUUCUCCAUGCUGCUUUUAUCCCUUUCGGGGACAUCACGGAUAUUCAGAUUCCUCUGGAUUAUGAGACAGAAAAACACCGAGGAUUUGCUUUUGUUGAGUUUGAGUUGGCAGAGGAUGCUGCAGCAGCUAUCGACAACAUGAAUGAAUCUGAGCUCUUUGGACGGACGAUUCGUGUCAAUUUGGCCAAGCCAAUGAGAAUUAAAGAGGGCUCUUCCAGGCCAGUUUGGUCAGAUGAUGACUGGUUGAAGAAGUUUUCUGGGAAGACUCUUGAGGAGAAUAAGGAAGAAGAAGGACCUGAGCCUCCCAAGGCUGAAGCCCAAGAGGGAGAGCCCACUGCAAAGAAAGCCCGGUCAAAUCCUCAGGUGUACAUGGACAUCAAGAUUGGGAACAAGCCAGCAGGCCGCAUUCAGAUGCUCCUGCGGUCUGAUGUUGUACCCAUGACCGCAGAGAACUUCCGUUGCCUGUGCACCCAUGAAAAGGGCUUUGGCUUCAAGGGAAGCAGCUUCCACCGCAUCAUCCCCCAGUUCAUGUGCCAGGGUGGUGACUUCACAAACCACAACGGCACAGGGGGCAAGUCCAUCUAUGGAAAGAAGUUCGAUGAUGAAAACUUCAUCCUUAAACACACAGGACCAGGCCUCCUCUCCAUGGCCAAUUCUGGCCCAAACACCAAUGGCUCCCAGUUCUUCCUGACCUGUGAUAAGACAGAUUGGCUGGAUGGCAAGCAUGUGGUAUUUGGGGAGAUCACGGAAGGCCUGGAUGUCUUGCGGCAGAUUGAGGCUCAGGGCAGCAAGGAUGGGAAGCCAAAGCAGAAGGUGAUCAUUGCUGACUGUGGAGAGUACAUGUGAAGCUGCUCUCUGCCCCACCUCUGUCAGACAAGGGGGACUGCCUGCUCUCUGGGCCCUGUGAACAAGCCGUGUAGCACAAGCCUUUCCUUGGGGUCACCUGCCGUAGCAGCCACUCAUCUGCAGUGCCCAGGCUUCAGUCGUGGCUGGGCCUGAAAGCCAGCCUAGGCAGAGUGCUGCCGCCACCUGUCCUGAACUGUCUGUAGCUGCUAGGUAGCUUCUUUGCUAAAAUAAACUGGUUUUUUGUACUGUU